AUGAUCUCGGCGGACGAUGCGGAGUACCCGCGGGAGUACCACACCAUGGGUGGCGGGGGUGGCGGGGGGGGCACGGGCGGGUCGGGUCGGCGCUUCUCCAGCUCGGGGCUGAUCCACACGUCGUCGGCCCGCAGCCUGGAGGCGCUGACCAGCCUGCAGAAGGCCGAGAUGGACGCGCUGGCCAAGCUGCACAAGGCCGACAUCGAGCGCCAGCGCGACGCCCACUACAAGAGCCGGCAGCAGCAGGCCUCCGCCAACGCCGCCGCCGCCACCCUCGUCAACACCAACAGCGCACGCCAGCAGCAACAGCCAAACUACUGGAGUUUCAAGGCUCGUACACCACGCCACUCCCAGCCGUCGCCGGUGUCGUUGGCGGAGCAGGCGGGCCGCGUGUCCUUUGCGUCGGCCGAGAGCCUGGAGACCAUGUCCGAGUCGGACGUGCCCCUCGGCUUCAGCCGAAUGAACCGCCUGCGCCAGAGCCUGCCGCUGGCCCGCUCCCCUAGCCAGACCAAGCUCCGCGCGCCAGGCGUGCUCUUCCUGCAGCUGGGCGACGAGGUGCGGCGCGUGCACAUCACGCACGAGCUGACCAGCCUGGAGACGCUGCACGCGCUCCUCGUGCACAUGUUCCCGCAGAAGCUGACCAUGGGGGCGCUGCGCGCGCCCAGCACCGCCAUCCUGGUCAAGGACGAGGCGCGCAACGUCUUCUACGAGCUGGAGGACCCGCGCGACGUCCACGACCGCUGCGUCAUCAAGGUGUACUGCCGAGGAGGGCACGUCAGGGAGCAGCACUACGCCACGCUGCCGCACACCCCUCAACACCUGCACCACCACGCGCAACACGUGGCCAACGGAGACCUCAGGAGGGAGCUGGUGUACUCGUCGCGGGACUCCUCCCCGACGCGGCGCCUCAACCAGCUGCCGUCCUCCUCGCCCAGCCCGUCGGGCUCCCCCCAGCGCUCCUCGCACGCGCGCCUCUCCUACGCCGGGGGCCGGCCCUCGUCCUACGCCGGCCCCUCCCACGCGUCGCCCCAGCAACAGCAUCAGCAUCAGCAGCAUCAGCAGCAUCAGCAGCAUCAGCAGCUCGUCCAGUCGCAGCACGGCGGAUACGGUCACCCGGCCCACCACUCGGCCGGACACACGCCGCAGCAGACGCCCUCGCACAUCCACGGGCACGGCCAGCAGCACCACCACGGCGGCGGCUUCGGCCCGUCCCCGAGCGCCAUCCUGGAGCGGCGCGACGUCAAGCCCGACGAGGAGCCCUCGUCCGCCGGGUCCAAGAGCGUGGUGCUGCUGCGGGGAGGUGGCAUCGCCGGGGGCGACAGUAUCUACGCCGACCCCUACUCGCUGGUGCCCGAGGGCCGGCUGAGCGUGGCGUCGCCCCAGGCGCUGGCGGCGCUCCGAGACCCGCUCCUGCGCCGCGGCUCCGUGCGCUCGCUCACCUCCUACUCGGCCGCCGCGCUCCAGUCCGAGCUCGAGGGCGCCCUCUACAGGCCCGGAGGUGCCGGCGCGUCCGCUCACGCCGCCGCCGCCGCUGCAGCCGCCGCCGCCGCGCUCUACGCCGACCCCUACGCCACCAUGGGCUUCCGGAGGCUUCCGCCCGCCUCGCCGCAGAAGAUCCCCGACGGGAGGGACCCGUACGCCGGGCAGCCCGGGAGAGGGUCGCCCGGGAGACAGGUGUUCCGGCAGGACGGUGGCGUCUUCAUGGACAGCCCCAAGUCCAGGGCGAGCGGCGCCGGACCGGACCAGCUGUGCGUCCUCGGCGGCGAGCAGGGCGGAGUGCCCGGCUACAGCUCACCGCUGCCCGGCAACGAGACGGAAACCAGGGACCGGAUGGAGGCGAUGGAGAAGCAGAUCGCCAGCCUGACUGGCCUUGUGCAGAGUGUGCUGACCAGGGGACCUGAUAGCCCGGAGAAGGGAGAAACAGCAAGCGACUGCUCCGCCACUGAACCUCCGACGCCCUCUGCCCCGCUUGCCCUGAUGCCGCCCCCGCCCUCUGGAGCGUCUCAGCCAAUCACAGUCACCCGUCUGCAGAUGCAGCAACACCUGAGUGGCCUGCAGCACAGCACCACCGAGCUGCGCAAACAGCUGGACCAGCUGCGCAAACUACAGCUGCAGAACCAGGACUCGGUGCAGGCGCUGCUGAAGCAGACGGAGUCGGAGCUGGGCCUGUGCAUGCUGGACGCCCAGCGCACGCAGGAGGACCCGCUGCAGAGACAGCGCCUCCUGGUGGAGGAGGAGAGACUGCGCUACCUCAACGAGGAGGAGCUCAUCAUACAGCAGCUACAUGACCUGGAGCACUCAGUGGAGGAGAUGCGGACGGGGGCGGGGCUAAACCACAAGCUGGUGACGGAACAGGAAGUGGAACAGAAGAGCCUGGAGCUGAGGAGACUAGGCGAGACGCUCACAGACCUGAAGAACCAGUUCCCCAGCCUGCAGAGUAAGAUGCGGGUGGUGUUGCGGGUGGAGGUGGAGGCGGUCAAGUUCCUGAAGGAGGAGCCACUGAGACUGGACGCUCUGCUCAAACGCUGCAGAACCAUCACGGACUCACUCACACUGCUGCGCAGACAGGUCACUGACGGCCACUGGCGCAGCCCCGAAGACUUCUCCAGCAAGCCGGGCAGCGGCGAGUCCGACUUCGCCAAGACGCCCGACGCCCUGGACCUCCUCAACAGCCCGGCGCUCGCCCUGCAGGACCUCGCGGGCAGCCUGGGCGUUAGCGCCCUGGGCGCCUCUCUGGGCGGCGGCUCGGCGCUGGCCAACUGGAUGCCCAUGGGCAGCGCCAGCGCCGGGGCGAUGGCGGCGGACGGCGCGGUGCCCGAGCAGGACGGGCCGGCGGCGGGCGCGCCCAAGAGGAGCAGUCUGGAGGACAUGACCAGUAGCGGCGCCAGCCGACGAGACUCGGAGAAGGUGUCGGCCGUGGAGGUCCGCCUGGCGGCGGAGCGCGACUGGGAGGAGAAGCGCGCCAGCCUGACGCAGUUCAGCACGCAGGACAUCAACCGGCUGCUGGAGGAGACGCAGGCCGAGCUCAUGAAGGCCAUCCCCGACCUGGACUUCGCCGCCAAGCAGAUCAGCAAGCCGGCCGUGCCGCCCAAGCCGCAGCUCAGCUCCCUGCCCGGGUCACUAGGGGGCGCCUCCAACAACCCCAGCCCCUCGCACACCCCCGAGCACCAGCCCAGCAAGACCCCCACGCCCAGCAACAAGCUGCCGGGCAAGGAGAGCGCCUCCCGCAGGGGAUCUGGUGAGCUAACAGUGCCGCGGUACAGGACAGAGAAGCCCUCCAAGUCUCCUCCUCCUCCCCCUCCCCGCCGGAGCUUCCCCUCUGCCCACGGGCUCACCACCACCCGCUCUGGAGAAGUCAUCGUCACCACCAAGACUAUCAAGCUGGAAAACACGGAGGACUGCAACGAGUCGGACAAUCCCCCUCAGACGCAGACCCCGCCCGUCAAACUGAGACGACCUUCGACCUCUGACUCCACGCGACCCUCCUCCACGCCCCCCACCAUCGCGGCCUCCGGGGUGAAGGAGGAUGAGGAUGAGGACGAGAGGAUCAUGGCCGAGCUGGAGAAUGCCUCCAACCCUUCAGGCUCCAAGCCCAUGCAGUCGUCGGCGGCGACGCGCCUGAAGCACCUGCAGCAGAGCAGCCUGGAGCGGCGGAGCAGGAAGCAGCGCGAGGACUUCCCCAAGCUGCAGCAGGGCCAGCAGGGCCAGCAGCAGGUCUUCCACUUCUGAGGCCAAUCGCUAGCAAACGCGCUAGCCGUCAGCCCCACAAACGCUAGCUCCCUAGCCAGU